ACAGCCGAUGAAGCUGUCGACACUCGCUUGAUCUUCUCUUAGUUCGCACUCUUCGAUUCUAUUGACCCAUCCUUGCUGGAAUCCACAUUAUCCGCUGGUGCUGCCGUCUCGAUUCUAAUUUCUAUCGCCGUUUCGUUCCCUUACCGAGCCGACUUGGUGGCCAUCAUGGCUCUCCCAGUGCUUCCCUUCAAGGAUAUCAACCUCCAUUCCUCUCCUUCUCACUACGCAUUCACUUCGCCCUCGACACCAAAUGCUCCGACUCUAGUGGUGGAACGACCGAACGGAGAUUUGCGCCUGAAUGAUGGCACUCUCCUCGGUACAAAACGAGUGUCUAGCAUUGCUGGAAUACUCGGCAUUAUCAAGUUGAAACUAGAUAAGUAUAUUAUCAUCAUCACCAAGGCACAACCUAUGGGCCGUCUCCAAGGCCAUAUGGUUUAUAAAGUCGUCGCGACCGAGUUCCUGCCCCUCCGCGAGCGCCCACUGCACGACAAGGAUGAAGAUACCUAUCUUACUCUCCUAAAGGAUCUGAUCCGAACAGGUCCCAUGUACUUUUCUUAUUCCAUCGAUCUCACAAAUAGCUUCCAGCGACAGUCGCAGAGUGACCCGGCUGCCCCGCUAUGGAAACGAGCCGACGACCGCUUCUUCUGGAAUCGCUUCGUGCAGUCGGAUCUCAUUGACUUCCGUGUUGGUGCGAGUGAUACGACCGGGACACGAUAUAGUCAGCAACCUGGCGUCGACCCCUAUAUACUGCCUGUCAUAUUCGGAAUGCUCCGCAUCACGCCUGCUAGGGUCAAGAAUACCUCCUUCACUUUUGCUUUAAUUACGCGACGGUCAAGACAUAGAGGUGGCACUCGUUACUUUUCCCGUGGAAUCGACGAGAACGGAAAUGUAUCCAACUACAAUGAAACGGAACAGAUUGCGAUCCUAAACGAUACCACUGGUAGCCUGACUGGCUUUGCUGGUGGCCAGGGCCUACCAAGCGGAAAGUCCGACCAUCUUGGGCGGGACUUGCAGGUCUUCUCAUUUGUCCAAACCAGAGGAAGUGUCCCCAUUUUCUGGUCGGAGGUCAACAACCUUCGUUACACUCCGAAGCUCCAAGUCCGGAGUGUGGAGACAGCCAUUGAGGCUGCACGGAAACACUUUGCUCAGCAGAUCGAAUAUUAUGGUGAGAAUUACCUGGUGAAUUUGGUGAACCACAAAGGUAGAGAAGAACGAGUCAAGAAGGCCUACGAGCAGUUGGUUCGCGCUCUGGUAUCCUCACCAGGCGAAACGUCCGAAGAAGAUCAGCCACACACCGAUGAGAAGAUACACAUUGUGGAAGCUAGUCAGAGAAAGGAGCUUCUGGAUCAAAUCCACUAUAUUUACUUUGAUUUCCAUAAUGAGACUAAAGGUCUACAAUGGCACCGGGCACAACUCCUUUUAGAUCGGCUUACAGAUGGGCUCAUGCGCGGACAAUACUUCCGGGGUGUUGAGAGCCCCGGUGAUGCCAAUGGACGCUUAGAAGUUCGUACUCAGCAGACAUGUGUUGUACGAACUAACUGCAUGGAUUGCCUCGAUCGCACAAACGUCGUACAGAGUAUGCUAGGUCGCUGGACGAUAACCCGGCAAUUAAUAGACGCCGGCGUUCUGCAACCCGGGGAGUCAGCAAGUGACGACCCUGAAUUUGAGAAUAUCUUCCGCAAUAUGUGGGCUGACAAUGCCGACGUUGUUUCAAAGACAUAUUCUGGCACUGGAGCUUUGAAGACCGACUUUACACGCACAGGCGAACGCACGCGGGCUGGAAUGUUGCAAGAUUUUUCAAAUUCAGUCACCCGUUACAUUCGCAAUAAUUUCAUGGACGGUCCUCGGCAAGAUGGGUUUGAUCUGUUCCUUGGUGCUUAUUUGCCGCAAGACUCGGCAUUGGGAAGUCUGUUGCUCUUCAUCGACCGCCGACCUGUCAUUAUUCAGUCUAUUCCCUACCUACUAGCAGCAAGUGUGUUCAUGGUGCUGGUUGCCAUGUUCACCCGCCGUUUGCCUGAUGCUGCUGUUUGGCCAUUAAGGAUAUUCACAUUUGUGUGGAUUAUAAUUGGUGUAUGGGCAUUUCAUUUCAUCCUCACCCAUGGAAUGUUAUAUGUCAACUGGCCCAAGCUUAAUACACCAAGUGCAGCCUCAGAAGGAUAUCAAGAUGCUCUCAACCACGCUCGCUCUGAUCAACUCGUUGGUCGUUUCCUGGUCAAUAAACGACAUCAACGUGGUUUCAGCAAUGCCCGGUUGGGUUACCUGGAAGAGGGCAAAAAGAGGCUUGAAUAGUUCUCUGCCUGUAUGCCACCAUUCAUCUGACUUGACCGUCGACGCAUUCUUUUUUUCUUCGUCCUUGAACUUCGAUUCUAAGCUAUAGCCUUUAUUUGCAUAUCGCUUUUACCUAUGAGUAUUUUAGACUAUUAAAGUCCUCCCGUAUAUGACUAUGGAAUAACAUAUUGGGGAUAUCAUAUUU